AUGCAAAACUGGAGGGAGCGUGGAUAUGUGCCAGACUCCGAUGACGACGAAGAAGACCGCGACAGCGAUGUCCAGCACGAAAACAGCCAUGACAAUAUCACGGUUUCUCACACUGGAGAGGCUCAUGAUGUGCCAACUCGAGCAGAAGAAGUCACCGUGUCACACCGGGGACAUUCUCGGGAUAAAAAUGCCAACGUGACUGUUGAAACCAGCGACUCUCUCGAAAACCGUGCUGUGGUCCAACGUCUUCGUCAGGCUGAGCGAACAGCCAAAGUGGCAGAGCACGAACUGCGAGGGCUGUCCGAAUCUGACGAUCCUCCAACCUCAACAGCCACGAGACUUGAAGCUGAGAUCCAAAAGGGCCUAAGAACAGUCCGGGAUGUCCUUGAAUCUGCUUUUGACAGCGACAGCGACAGCCCGCUGUCUUCCGUUCCUCCUUCCGCGCAGAAUACACCACGGGGUCAUGGGAGGAAGACGGUUCAAGAUGUGCUGGCUUCCCUGUCUCCUGCACUUCACGACCACACGGGCGGCCCUCCGUCGUUGACAUCCUACUCCGCGGGCAAUACAACAAGCGAAAUUGUUUCCGUCGGCAUGCGGCCAGCUGUCGUUAGUAAUAUUACUGUUCCUCCGCUCCAGGUUUCCCAUAACAUACCUCCCAAUGCGGAUGAUGAGGCUCCUCGAAGACGUUCCUUCAGACCCCGUGCGCCAAUCCAGCUCCAUCCUUACGCACUCGAAGAUGCCAAAUAUCGCCAGACUUGGUCAGCAAGUGGCCUCAAACCUGUUCGUGCACCAGAGAUCACGUCAAGGGCCGAGAAAACUUCCAACGAAGAAUCGCAGGAUACCACUGCUUAUGAAAGCAGCCAGAUGGACUCUUUCGACCGCGCAGCUCGAGAUUCGAGUCCCACGUUGGACGCUCCAGACAGCGACUCUCGCAGUGCUGACAAUGAGGAAUCCCAGAGCCCUAUUCCGGGGACACGUGUCCGCCAGCCGUCGCCACUAUCCGACUUGAGCGAUGAUCUCCCUGACGUGUCAGAGAUGUUGAACAGCCCAAAUACAACGCCGUCCGUGUUACAGCUGAAGAAAUCGAAGAAACGGUACUGGCGCGAGCCGCGCACAGGCAGAGAUGGAUUUCAUAUCUACGAUCUUCCCAACGACGAUUCCGCUGUCCAACCAGCAGCCAGAAUACAUCACGCAGGCUCGGCAACACCUCUGUCACCACCCUGGUCACGUGCUGAACGGUCAUCGCAAGACGUUGUACUGGCGCCAAUUGCUGAUGUAGCUGGGGAAAACAGUACACCCGCUGGGCUUCCGACUCCGCUCGUCUCUUCUGACAAGCAUGCUUCGAAGCGUCCAUUUGCCGAAAUUCUUGGCAUCUCUGACUCGGAAAGCGACAUCAUCAAUGUCAGCGAUGAACCAGGAGCAUCUUCCUCGUCAGAACAGAACUCUGGGGAUGAGUCGCUGGGUGUCCAACGGCUGCGCCGCAAGAUCAAGGGAGUUCUGCCUGCUUCCUGGCUGAAGCUGGACAUGAAGCAAAACCAAAAACCCCGUUCUUCCUCUCCACACCGCACGCAGUAUUCUCCGAUCAGGAUUGCGCCAGAAAAAGGCGUUGCAAAGCAUAUUCCCUCUUCUGGUAGGCAUGUUAGGAAGCCAGGUCCAAUGCAUAUCAUCCAAGACGAGCCCACUGAUAUGAACACUUCAGCGGAGAGCGACACAGAGCUUCAAACCUACACUGAGAUGGAUGACGUCCAGUACGAUCUGUCGACGACCUAUGACGACGACGUUAUGGAAGACAACACAGUUGACGCUAUGCUUGCUCCUCGUGUGAGGAAUUCGGCUGUUUCCAAGAGGCAGCGACGUCUGAGCGGUGCUUGGUCAAGAAAAGGAUCAGAAACGAGCAGAAAACAUGCUGGUGGUGGCCGUCCUGCUUUCCACUCUGGUGGCAAGCCCAAGGUCGUUGCUCGCUCCAAGAAACUUGCGAGGCCGCGCAAGAAGAUCAAAAGGAGUCACAGAAACACAUUAAUUACGAUACUGGACGCCCCUGGAUUCAAGCAGAAAGACAUUCCACGUUUCUUAAGGAUUGCUUCUAGACGGUGUGGGGAUACCACUAAAGCGCGACAUCAAGAUCCCUCUAAGAAAUUCUUCAGAUUGGCAACAGAGAGAGAUACUCAGGACGUAAAUGAGAGCCUGAAACGCGGGAGGACUCGUCGACAUGAGAUGCAUCCGGCUGUCCAAAUCAAUUCCAGCAACGGAGUCCCAAGCCGCACAACCGCUUUAGUGCCUCAGCCGCGCGCUGUCAACUCUGCCAAUCAUGAAGUUAUCGAGGCUUUGACGCAGGAUCGCUGGCCCCGUCACCAAGGCGCAGCCAACCUUGACCCUCAGCUCAAUGCUUUGAAGCGAAGCACCAAAAUCACUCUCCAACGUGUCCGACACAACCUACACCAAGCUCCACCACCGCUGUUGGAGGCCAAUGGCCUGUCUGCUGGUUCACCCUCUGCCAUCCUCGAUUACUUCAAGCCUCGAACAUCAUACAGCAGUCAUCUCAUUUCGAGGCGACUUAAUCGCGUUGAGCUUGGCCCAACAGCGCCUGAGGAAGCUUCCGGCUCCCAGCUUGAUGAGUUUGCCAUUCAGAAACGUAUUCCGAGACUUCCAGGUGCGAGGAGACAACGAUCGACUCACGGCUUAGCUCGGGAAACCCCUACAAUGGCAGUACCUCAGACAGGGCUACCAUUGACGAGUCCUCCGCCGUGGUUGGCCCCUCGUGAAAGGUCGGGACAAAACGAUGUCAACAUAACGGCAAGAAGCGGAGAUCUCUCGCAACCUCCUAGAGAGCCUUUCCGCCCACGCCUUCCUAAGAAACAAAGACCUCUUGAACUGGGUACCCGAACUUAUGAGCACGGGGCCAUUCUAUGCCUUCAGAGUCUUGUCCUCGAUGAGGGGAUGGAUAUCAUCACUAACACAGUGCGGUACCCACCUGGUGGAGACUCAUUGUUAAAUACUGGCAUUCCUCCGGGCGCUGAACCUGUUCGCUCUACCUUGAUCCGUGCUACGUUGUCCUCGAUGGCGAAUAGUGCUGGUCUCUUCGAGCCUGGAUGGAUCAUCAACACAAAUACAACACCAAAAUCUCAGCACACACUCGAAGCUGCCGGCUGGUCUUCAGGCAUCGAAGCAAUUCUCAGAGAUAUCUUCAAAGAAACGUUAGAGACUAUAUGUAAGGAUGCCAUUGCUCUCCAUCUGUCAACUGGGGAGAGAAUUGAGCUUCUGAAGAACGCUGCGGAUUCGAUUGAAGCCUUAGUCGUCUAUGUCAACGAGAGCCUAACAUUCCCGGGCGAGCACGAUCUGGAAGCGUUCCUUCUGCUUACCUCCCGGUAUAUGGAGGAGAUAUGGCGAGCCAUGGCUGAGUGCGAGGCGACCACAAGCGAUCCCCUCGCCUCACACAGCUUGAAGGUCUUGAACGGAUUGCUGCUUCUCGGCUAUCAGACAGCUCAACGCGCCGUGGGCCUAACAUCUCCAAACUCUGUUGGCGGUAUCAUCUCAGAGGUCCGGAAAAACAUGGCUCGUUUUGCCUGGGAGCUUGCCUUUCGAGAAGAACAUAUCGCUCGCCUCUUCGCCUACAUCUCUGCUCCAGCUGGUAUUGAUCCAGCCCCGGAUACUCUGCGCUCUCGUUAUACAGCCGAAAUUGAGACCAUUCUCCUCGUCCAUACCCUCGGUCCUCACCAAGGGUGGGGGUUUUAUAUGGGAAACAUCUUCUUAGCAGACGAUGAGGCAAGAGGGACUCAUCAGUUGCAAUCCCGGGCUGAAUCACUUUCAUUUACAGUCCUCGUUCUCGGGUGCAUCCUCUCUGUCUCUGGGUCAGAAGGAAUCUUGUCAACCUACGGCAUGCAAUCUUCGAUAUCUCUGGGCUCAUCCCUCAGUGACAUGCUUGUUGGAAGAGUGUCUGAGUUCCUGAAGGCCUUCAUCGAGUAUAAGACGAACUACAGCAAGCGGCUUAAGAAACAAUCCCCCCCUGUCAAAAAGCUGGCACAAUUUGGUCUGACUAUGGUUCGAUGGUGUUUCCUCCUUGCACGGAACUAUCUUCAUGAGCUGGCAGAUGAUCUGCUCAAAGCCAUGUUCAAGUACUAUUCAGAGAAUGGCAUGACCGGGUUGUUUUCGCCAUCUGCACCGGCUGGAAUAAAGACGAUGCCGCACUUCCUCAAGGAUCAAGUCCCUGCGCAAGACCUCCUUCCAGCAGACAACGACACAGAUUUUGACAUCGUCCUGAAGCUGACGGCGAUAGCACUGACGCCGCGGCUCGCAAUGAUUUACGACACUGCCGAACAUAUGAAGAAGUUUCAGCUCCGCAAAAGAUCUCUUCUGUUCUUGAUGCUCCCAAAUAGAGGGCGGGAUCUGACCACUGAAAACCUAUCAGUGUUCGACGAAGACAAAGAUUUGGCGCUGACAGACUUCGCUGGAAUAGCGAAUCGAUACAGCCUAUUCGCAACUCUGUAUCACUACGCCCCAAACGAGUCAAAGCCGGUUCUCGCCCAAAUCAGCAACUACGUCGACUUUUCUACCGCCCAUAAUAGCGUACGCGAAGUCAUUCUGGAAUGUUGGACAAGUCUUGUACGAUCAGUGCUUGCUCAGCCAAGUAAUAGUGGCAGACUGCAAGAGCUCGGCCACUGGAUCCGGCAGAUGUUCUUCUCAAUGUGUACGAAACUGGACAAUAUACCCCAGAACAACAAUAUCAACGCUCCGGACGAGACCCUUCGGGCCGAAUAUCAUGUGCAUCGGAUCAAUAGGGUAACGACUAUCGACUGUCUAUGUCAAGUUGCAGCGAGAUUCUGUGCGGCUGUUGGCCUCUGCGCGAAUGCAGAGCAGGUCUCCUGCCUUCUCCCGCAGGAAGAACUGAGCAGCCUGAUACUGCGAUGCUACACCAACCAGGGUCUCGGCGAUAACGUGGUAUGCCAAGUCUUUUCUCUCCUCACAUCAUACAUAAAAAGGGGCCUCAAGAAAGAGAGGGAAGCAUUUCUGUUCUUCCGUCGAGACUUGCGCGGACUUCUUGUGGAUCAACUCACCCGCAACAGGGAGCAGGAUGAACCUGAGUUUGAACGCCUCUUGGUGUCCAUGGCUGAGACGUGGUACGCCCUUGGAAGAGUCAUGGUGACUGAAGGAUCAGCCAAUUGGGAUCAGUUCCUAAAUGACUGGUCACCAAUGUCGUUUCCACAAAUUGCCGACGUCGAGAACGGGAGACACUGUCAGGUCCUGCUGAUGAGCAAGAUCGCAGCAGAGAGAGACGUGGUCCUCGCAGAACCCUAUCCUUUCAUCCAAGCCUUGUUCCGGUCAGUCCUGGGGUCGGUCCUGGCCCGCUCGAAGAUCUCCUUCAUCCAUCGACUUUUGAACCAGCUCAUCGAGAGCAUACCAGACGCUUUCGCAUUGGAUGGGCUGCGCCACAAUUUGUCAGGUGGCGUCAGACCCUUCUUCCUGGACAAAUUCGAUGUCAUCAACCACCGUUUUGCUAUCGUGGAUCACUUUAUUCGCUAUGCUUAUGUCGUCCGGCCUGCCGCCGACGGACCUCUUCUCGGAGACCUCACAGACGGGCAAUGGAACGAUCUGAUGACAAUGAUCCCCAAAAUAUUGAAACGAACAAUGACACAAGACCAUGGAGGCGCACGGGCAGAUUGGAUGACAUUUUCGCAGAAAGUGCUGUUUCGGCUUACCUUGUACGGGGGUCCUAGCUUUGGCAGCGCUCCCUUGCUUGCUGGGCUCCAUGAUGGGGAUAUCGAGAGCACCACUUUCAGGUUGGAACGCCUUUUCGUCACAUCACCUAGGCGAUACGACUCAACUGACCCUGACAAUGGACAUGCGGCCAAGCUCUUCCUAUCGGCUGUUGAGUCGGCAUGUCUGAGGAAAAAGGAGGACGUACUGGUUUCGCACAUGGCCGACAUCUUUGCUGCAUCGAACCCCGAUUAUAUCGAAGACGACGGAAGCUUCUUGCUGGAUAUAUCUGAGCAACUAGAUUUCCUAAAGGGUGUGUUCCCGGUCUACAUUGAGUCUGCACUCGACGAUACUCACCCGACAAUGCUGUUUGCUAUCCCUGUGCUUGACAUCGCAAUAGAUCUUCUGAAAAGGUUGGAGGCCCGCAUCGAUCUGGAGGAUCAGGCUCGCAUGGAAUCGUUUGCAGAGCUGAUUACAGUCUGGAUGAGGGCUGCAGUCAAGGCCAUGCAACACUCAAUGCCAACACCAUUGAAAGAAAAUGGCUGGCAGAUUGAGACAGUAUGUCGUCUCGUGGACCUGGUUGCGGCGGGUGGCGGCCGCUGGGCGCAUCUUCACAAUCUUUUCCCAACGUCUAUCGAUAUCGUUGGUUUCCAGGAAUCCGUACAAGCAUACGCGUGCUAUACGUACGAUUUCGUCUGCUCUACGGCCGGGUUCGACUUUGGCGUACCGCCUUCAGACCCUACAUUCUGGGAGGAGCGGAUAGGUGUCGAGUCCUGGACAGUCGACUUCGGCUUCGAAACCGAAGACGUCUCGGUGCCGGAACGCAUCUCUACCCUCAAGAACGACGCUGCCAAAGAGCUUCGAGCCGUUGGCAGGGAUUGGUGUAAGGUUGGCUUUACGACGUUCGGGCCUGUAUGGGAGCUGCAUCGGGGCGGGUCACCAGCAAUGGCCCAAACAAAUGGAGGGGCAGCAAGCGAAGGGACCACGUUUGUCGCGCUACAAGAGGUGGCGGAACGAUUGCAGCGGGUGUUGGUUUUGCUGGGACUGGUGGACGAAGUCUUGUGA